CCCCUUUAUAUAUCUUAUUCCAUUUCUUACCCUAACUCCUCUGUUCCCAUUUCUUACUCUUCCUCCUCUCUCCGAUCCUCUCCUUCCCCCCAUGGCCGAUAUUCAGAAGCAGGAAUACAACGACGACGACGACGAAGACUCUCCGGUUACCGAUCUCCGGAUGAAUGAUUCCGACUCCUCUCGAAUGGACCUUCUUGCCCUUGCUCCCAAGCAGGAGGAUCCCGACGACUCCCAUGAUUCCGACCUCCCGCCAUCCCAAAUUCAGGUCGUUAACUUCGCGCCGGAGAUUGCUAAAACCGUCUCGGUUCUCCCCCCUAAGAGAGCCUCCACCAAGGAUCGCCAUACCAAGGUCGAGGGCCGCGGCCGGAGGAUUCGGAUUCCGGCUACCUGUGCGGCGCGUAUCUUCCAGUUGACUCGAGAACUCGGCCACAAGUCUGACGGCGAAACCAUACGGUGGCUUCUCGAACGGGCUGAGCCGGCGAUUAUCGCUGCUACUGGAACUGGUACCAUUCCCGCCAUCGCUAUGUCUGUUAAUGGCACUCUCAAAAUUCCCACCACCACUUCUUCUAAUCAAGAUUCUGCCGACCAAUCCGCCGGUAAGAAGCGGCGUAAACGCCCUGCUAAUAGUGAUUACGUCGACGUAAACGAUGCCGUUUCCGUCUCAGUCUCCAACGGCGUCGUCCAUUCAGGUACCAGUACCACCGCGGCCGUGCAACAGGCUUUACCGCCAGGGUUCGUUCCGGUGUGGGCCAUCCCAUCGAACGCUAUAAUUCCCGGGGCGGUUUUCAUGGUUCCAUCCGUCGCUUGCUCUUCCACCCGUCCUCAGUUGUUUUCAUUUCCUGCUCCGGGGCCGCCGCUCGUCAAUACGACGGCGCGGCCCAUUUCCACCGUCGUAUCGAAGGCGGACACAUCACACAUUCAAUCCAGCACCACGAAUCAAAGCUCGAGCAGCUCCAGCGCUUUCACCUCGAAGUCAGAAUCCGUGAUGGCACCGAUCUCGAGCUCCACCGUUCCGACGAGCAGCAAAACGACGACGCGGAUGCUUAGAGACUUCUCGUUGGAGAUAUACGAUAAGAAAGAGCUUCAAUUCAUGUCUCGCUCAGCUUCAAAACAUUGACAAGAAGGAAAAGAAACACACAAAUAGCUAUCUCAGUGUAAUUCAUCCGCCAUUGACGAACCAGAGGAAAGAAGACGAAGGAGAAAAUUGGAAAAGUAUUUGUUUUUCUUUUCGGCAGUGCAGCGGAAGGAAAGGGAAGCACGAGGUAGUCACGUGAUAGACGUGAGGAUCAAAAAGUAAAUGCACGUGUAAGGUGGGGUGGAGAGUUUUUUUUUUUUUUUUUAAUUUUUAUUUUAAUGAAGGCGCAAAAGUGUGGGGACCACAUCAGCAAGGUGGGUCAACACUACGGAAAAGAGAAAAAAAUAUAAAAAAAUAAAAAAUAAAAAAAAAGAGUGGGGUCCAUCUAGUAGGGUGUGGGGGGACCACCAUUUAACCUACUUGUGUCAUGUGAUGGAGGUGGGAGUGGGCCCGGGGCACUUGAUGGGCCCAAAGGUGGCCGAAUGGGCCAGAAGGUUGUGGUGGUCCGAGCCAGGUGGAUGGGUGGAGGCUGAAUCGGCACGUGUUAGAAUGUGGGCCAGUGCUGCCUAAGAACCUUUCCUAUUGACACGUGGAGCAAUCAGAUUCGUUUGGUAUCAGAUGCUUUUUCUGGAAAGCUUAGCUGGUUAUUUUAGUUAGAGAGAGAGAGAGAAAGGGUAGAUUUGUAAAUUCAUUCUUUAGCUGAAUUCUUGAUAAUCCAUUAAUCAUUAGUAACGACGUCGUUUUA